UCUCUCUCCCCUCUCUCAACAUUCCUUUCCUUCCAAUCUAAGCCUUGUAUAGCAAUAUAUAACCACAAACACACUACAAAACUGCAGCCUCUCCCCACAAAACAUGAGCUCAGUCUGCAUAUCAAACUGUGUCAACGGUACACGAGACCCCCGCGUGCCAGUACGUGCCACCUAUGUGAACCUCUACAAGUGGCCGGAAUCCGAUGCAGAGUUCAUAAAGUCUGUCCAGCGAGUAAGGCAGGGUUUGCAAGGCCAAACAAGGGUGGUGGACAGCAUAUCCUGCAGGCAAAUGUAUGUUAGGAGCUACACGUUCUCAAGGAAGGAGAGUGUGCCACAGAAGACGAAGAAGUGCUUGGGUAGAGUGAAAGAGAAGGUGGCUAAUCAUGGAAAGAAGAAACAAGAAGAGGGCCGGAUAAGGAAGUGUUUGGUGUUUAGGAAAGUGAAAGAAUUUUCUUGCGGUGCUUUGUUUAGGAUCUUUCACAGGUUAUUGUCUUGUGGUGCUAGUGUAGAUGUGGUUGAUCAAAAAGAUUUACAUUAAUUUUAUUAAAUUUAUGUUUUAAGGUAUGCUUUUAUGUUAUGCGUAUAUAUAUAUAUAU